UGUGACACUGAAGCAGGAAGAAAACAAAGGAAAUAGCGAGCUAGCAUGUCAAGUCAAACGCGUUUCAAAUGUUUACGGAAGAACGGUAUUUCUGAAACAUCAGUUGUGUGUAACAGAGUUCACUCACCGAUUAAGUUUUGUGGUCAGCUUUUAAUGGAGUUGGGCUUUGAGGGUCGGUAUUGACGAUGUGUUAUCUGUUGUUUGGCUCAAACGCGACUGUUUCAGCGGAUAGACUCGCUUUGUUUUCACAUUCUUCUAGAUGCAGUUUUAAAGUGUGUGUAGUUUGUACACUCCGGUAAACGUAUGGAUCAAAUCAGAGAGGAUGACAAUCAAGAAAACUGGAUGUCACUUUUACCAGAAAAACUGUGGGAUAUCCCUUUAACAAAUCUCGCUAUACCAGGUAGCCAUGAUGCAAUGAGCUACUGUCUGGAUAUCAAUUCUCCACUCCUCCGGUCUGAAUCAGACACCUUCAGGUUACUGGAUGGAGUUUUUUACUGUUUCACCCGACCAUUCAUUUACAGAUGGGCCACUACUCAGGUAAUAAACAUUGUGGAGCAACUCCAAGCAGGCAUUCGAUACUUUGAUCUCCGAAUUGCCCGCAAACAGUACGAUACUUCCAGUGAGCUUUACUUCACUCAUAUCAUUUACACACACGCGACUGUGAUCGAAACUCUAGAGACUGUUAAUUCGUGGCUUGAAUCUCAUCCCAAAGAAAUCGUCAUCCUGGCUUGCAGAAAUUUUGAAGGGAUGAGUGAUGAACUGCACGAAGGAUUCAUCUAUGCACUGAAGAACAUUUUUCGCUCCAAGCUGUGCCCCAUGAAUGAGACUCUGUUGACUUUACGGAGCCUGUGGGCAUCAGGCUUUCAAGUGGUGCUAUCAUAUGAAGACCGGACUCACCAUAAGGAGCUGUGGCCUGCAAUCCCAUACAUUUGGGCCAAUAAGCCAAAUGCAGAAGAGCUGAUCCAGUAUAUCGAAUGCCAGCAGCAACUUGGUAGACCCAAGAGUUUUUUCGUAGCAGGCUUGAAUUUGACGACAGAUCGAUGCUUCAUUGCCUCAAAUCCUCAAGAGUCUCUCAAAACGUUGACCAAGAAGAACUGGAACCGUGUGCAGGAAUGGCUUAAGGAACAAAAACCAGGAGCUGAACCCCCGUGUCUAAACAUUAUAGCAGGUGACUUCAUUGGACUCCUUCCAAUUUGCUCGCUUGUUAUUUCUCUUAACAAAAAACUACUUUAAUCAAGUUGAAGUUUACAAAUAUAAGAGUUUUUCAACAUCUUUAUUUAGAUAGCACAUUUAACUGCAAGUUGAGUCGCCCAAAGUGCUUUACACACGAUGUAGAAAUGUAAAAUAUCCAAAUGACAUGGACAACAAAGUACAAACAUUAG